GAUGGCAGCUUCCUAUGUUGAGCGCGAGACGCACAGGAUUCAGACACGCUGAAAGUAGCCGAGCGCGCGUUUCACACGAGACAUAACUGCAUGGACUUGCAAUCGUUCGUUCCAAAUCGCACGAGGAGCACGAGAAAGGUGGACAUUAUAAACAAGGAGCCAUAGCUAUAAUAAGAAUCCUUAGAAAACCACUUUAGAAUCGGGAUACACUUCCAAGCAGCACAACAUCCAAAGACAACUCGACUGACUUAGCAAGAGGUAGUGGCCGUCAUGCAGCACUAUGGAGUGAACGGCUACUCUCUCCACGCGAUGAACUCCCUGAGCGCCAUGUACAACCUGCACCAGCAGGCCGCGCAACAGGCGCAGCACGCGCCAGACUACCGACCUUCAGUGCACGCGCUCACCCUCGCCGAGAGACUGGCUGACAUCAUCCUGGAGGCUCGCUACGGAUCCCAGCACCGCAAACAGCGCCGGAGCCGCACCGCGUUCACCGCACAGCAGCUCGAGGCACUGGAGAAGACCUUCCAGAAGACCCACUACCCCGACGUGGUGAUGCGCGAGCGCCUGGCCAUGUGCACUAACCUCCCGGAGGCCCGCGUGCAGGUGUGGUUCAAGAACCGCCGGGCCAAGUUCCGCAAGAAACAGCGUAGCCUGCAGAAGGAACAGCUCCAGAAACAGAAGGAGGCCAACCGAGAGGGAGGUGACAAGGAGGAGGCUCCUACCACCAUCACUCCAGAGAACCAGCUCCCCCCAUCCUCUUCCUCCUCUUCCUCCUUGGAGGUUGAGGGUCCGCCCCGUCUGUUGGUGUCGGAAAUUAGCGUGGAGUUGAACGUGACCUCGGCAGAGCAGUCAGGCAGCGAGUCGGCCACAGAGGACAACAACACCGAUAAGGAGGAGGAGUCUAACCCACAGAGGGAGGAGUUAAAGAGUGAAAGGGCGGUGACACCCGGCAACGUCUCUCCACCCUGCAAACGGCUUAGCCCCAAACCUGAAUCCCCCAUGGUCUCCCGGUCUGUGACGCCCUCGUCCAGUGGUGUCAGCAGUGGGAUCUCCCAGAGCCACACCUACUCCUCCUCCCCGCUCAGCCUCUUCUGCCUGCAGGAGCAGUUCCGCCAGCACAUGGCUGCCACCAACAACAUGGUGCACUACCCUUCCUUCGACAUGGGCACCCCCCCCUCUCUGCCCUACCUGGGUAUGAAUGUCAACAUGUCUUCGGCCCCGCUGGGCUCCCUGCCCUGCCAGUCAUACUACCAGUCCCUGUCCCACCACGCGGCCCAGCAGGUGUGGAACAGUCCCCUGCUCCAGGCCUCCGGAGGCCUCCCCAGCCAAAACAGCAAGACCACCAGCAUCGAGAACCUCCGGAUGCGGGCCAAGCAGCAUGCGGCCUCCCUGGGACUGGACACGUUGCCCAACUAAGCCCCAGGAUCUUAGUGCGGCCUAGCCGGGAGAUCAAUACUACAUCCCACCCAUCCCUUGUCUGUAACCUCCGCAGGCCUGUAGCCACCAUACCCUCCAGCAGAUGGUUUCGGGGCCAUUAGUAGCCAGAGUUUUGAAAACCAAAAUGGCAUCUCACCCUGGACCGAGUUCUCUCCUGCUUCUUGCUUUAUCAGUUGCCUAACUUCUGGCCUUGCACAGGCUAUACACAUGAUCUCUACAGCAGAGCAAAUACACUUCAUAAGUAUUUACGUGUCUAGUGUUGCACUUGGUGAUAAAGACUUUGCAACGUAAUGUUUACAGAUAAAGGAUGAAUUUAGGCACUUUGAAGGGAAUUUGUGUCUUCAAGGGGGAAAAUACAUUCGUGCCAGCAUUGGUGGCAUUGAGAGACUACUUGUACCAUGGGGCCAUUAACAAUUCAAUUAUGCCAUGUAUGUACAUAGCACAUUCUAAAAAAGCAAGCACAUUCAUAAAUAUUAACUCAAGCCAUGUUCUCCUCGAUUUCUUAAUUAGAAGUGACUAAUUUGCCAGUUUAAUGCCCAGUAUUAAACCAUGUUGUACAGAGACUGGCUUGGUAAUGAGAAAAUUAUUUCAGUGACUAAAUGUGCAAGGCUUUUAAUUACAUUUUGCCCUGGACAGAGGGAAGGGGAGCAUAUGUAAUUAUGAACAUGCAAACCAAUUAUGAUUCCCUUAUAUCCAAAGCUCUGAGCAGAACAAAUGCCACCAAGGCAAGCAAAUUAUUAGUGUAUAGCUGCACAACCAAGAGAAUACAAUACAACACAAGGAGAUACACACCUGGAGAAAUGAACCUGCAUAUUUCAUGUUUACACCUCUUUCCGCCAUCUACCCCCUCUGAUGUAACUUGGUAACAGCAUCCCUCCACAAACUGAAUAGGGGGCCUUUAGGGCUGGGGGAGAAGUAGUAUCCAGAACUUCCUGUUGUACUCUUUAAGCACUUUGAGGAGUGAACAAACUUUCAAUUCUUGUCAAUGAUGCACCUGUGAUUCUCUCUGUGCUGGGAUCCCAUCAAGUCCUUCAACUCCGAUUAUGUAAAUAAUUGUAAUAUGUAAAUUAAGAAGAAAAAUAAGUCUAUCUAUUAAUGUUUACCGGUAAGGCAAAUGUAAAGGUGUUCAUAUGUUGUAAAUUGAUCAUAAACUGUCCUAGUUGUCAGUUGUAAGAUAGUAUUAAAUGGGCUCACACCAUUCCAUGACCUUCUAUUCCCUGGGUUACUGAAGCUAUACUGUCUGGUAGUCUACGUAUGAGCUCCACUGUGGCUGUGAUCGUAAAAGUUCUACUGUUUCUCUCCUGCCUGUCAUACUAAUUGGUCCAGUGGUAGAUUUAAAAUGUUGGAGAGACUAAUCCGGAAACCAUAGGCAUUAUAUUUUUUUCUCUGUUAACAAUGUACGUUUGAAAAGUGAUGUUGUAAAAUAAAUCCUAAAUAAAGCAAUGCUUGGUCUUUA